UCUACGGAGUUCACUUCUAAAGUUGUCUCUGAUUGAGCUUCUUUAAAAUUUCUUUUAAUCUGUUAUUUGGGAGCUAAAUAUGGAUGGAAAGAUGGCAAAUUGGGGUCUAUGGGCAGAACAUCAGGAGAAAAGUCUAUCGCAGAAGUUUGAAAGUAUAAAGAUCAAAUCUGCAAAUGACGUGGAACUUGCGGUAAAGAUUGCAGCAAAAAAUUCUACUGAAAAUUCUGUUGUUAGCGGCAAACCCGAUGAACCCGAAAUUUCCCUUGCCGAGGAGUCAUUAAUGAGAAAAUUUCUACAUACAAAACUUGUUCGUACUUUUCAAAAUGUGGAAGUUGAGAGAAAGAAUCCAAAUUCUCCUUUAUAUUCCGUCAAAUCAUUCGAAGAAUUAAACUUGCGUCCAGAACUUCUGAGAGGUGUUUACGAAAUGGGAUUCAAUGCGCCAUCUAAAAUACAAGAAACAACAGUUCCAACGUUACUGGCCAAUCCAGCUCAAAAUCUGAUCGCCCAGUCUCAGAGUGGAACGGGAAAAACUGCCGCUUUUUUGUUGGCAGGUUUGAAUAGAGUGGAUCCACAUAAGAGAUUUCCACAGUUAUUAAUUUUGUCGCCAACCUACGAGUUAGCAGAACAGACCGGCUGUGUUGCAAAGCAAAUGACAAAAUUCUGUUCGAAAAUUGGAAUUCGUCUUGCGGUGAGAGGAGAAACACUGAGCAGAGGUGAAAAAAUAUGGGAGCAAGUUAUCAUUGGAACCCCCGGGAAAAUGUUGGAUUGGAGCAGGAGAUUCAAACUGUUCGACCUGAAGAAAAUUAAGGUGUUUGUACUGGAUGAAGCCGAUAUUAUGAUCGCCACCCAAGGCCAUCACGAUCAAUCAAUCCGAAUUCAUAAUCAACUAUCUCCCGAGUGUCAGAUGAUGAUGUUUUCUGCUACUUACACCGAAGAAAUUAUUGAUUUUGCCAAAUUGAUUGUGCCUAAUGCAGUUGUUUUACGGCUCAAGAAAGAAGACGAGAACCUGAACAACAUCAAACAGUAUUACGUGUUUUGCCGGAAUAUUGAGGAGAAAUUUAAUGCAUUAUCGAAUAUUUACGGAGUUUUAUCCGUUGGCCAGGCAAUUAUAUUUUGCCAGACAAGACGUGCUGCUGCUUGGCUGUCCGAAAAUAUGAGAAAAGUGGGCCACGCAGUUGCCCUUUUAUCUGGCGAUUUGUCCAUAGAGCAACGAAUUGCUGUUAUCAAGACGUUUAGAGAUGCAAAAGUGAAGGUCCUUAUUACAACCAACGUUUGUGCAAGAGGUAUCGAUAUCGAACAAGUCACUUUAGUGGUAAACUUUGAUUUGCCCGUCGAUCAGUAUGGUAACGUGGAUUGCCAGACCUACCUUCAUAGAAUUGGGCGUACAGGGAGAUUCGGAAAAUCCGGAAUUGCCAUAAACAUGGUAGAUGGAAAAAGAACAAUGGACAUGUUAGAAAAAAUUGAAGAUUGCUUCAAGCGCAAGAUCACCCGAUUGGAUGCGGAAGACGUGGACCAAAUCGAAAAACUCGAAGAGAAUUGAGUGCUCGGAUACGACUUGUGCCGUAAAAUUUCACAUAUUUUGUCAACUUUGUAAAAGGAAUACCAUUUAAAAUAUAGAAAUUUCCAUGUGUAAAAUAGAUAUGAAGGGUAAUACCGAGGCUUUUUAUAUUAAGUUCACUUUUGUAAAUUCCGCGAGUUGGCAUUUUAUACACAUAAGCACAUUUUACGGAUUCUUCUGAUAUUAUAUUUCCAUGUUUGAUGUGACGAAAGCAUACCGAGUUUUAAUUUAUCAGUAAACAGAUAAUCUAAAAUAGUCAAUGUUAUCGUUAUGAUACCGUUUCUCGUGAAAAGGUCACGUUACGGAUGCUGUAUAGUGUUUUUU